GCCCCGCGGCCAUCGAGCCAAUUCAUCCAUCGCCUUCGAGCAGGAUUAUUCUCAUCAUUGAGAUCGCCCUUACAGACCCGCGACACAAGUUCGGCGCGUUGCGACCGCACUUAUCAACAAGUCGUCUCCGCGGCGCAUAGUCGGUCGUGAUACUCGGAAGCGACAGCCAGCCAGGUAUGUGCCGCAUCUCCUCACGUUACCCAUUCCCCCAUAUCAGAUCAAACCUCCAAGUCCCAUUCAUCCAAGUCGCUUUGCGCUGCUGCUACUGCUGCUGCUGCCGCUGCCGCCUUCUUCCAUAUGUCUCUUCCCACUCCCCACUCCUACCCUCGCCCUUCUCGUGCAACCAUUCAGGGCCAAGUUGCCGUGGCUCCCUUUCCACGCGACCUGAAAGAGGUCACGAUCCCUCGUUAGGUGCUCCAAUACCCGGACAUCACCGCGCCUGGCCGUACUGUUGGUCCAAACCCAGUGCGCGUCGCGCUCCUGUCACCGGGUCGCAAACACCGAACUGCUCCCUCCCUUCACUGUCACCUCACGCUGUGCAGGCAGCUCAGGCAUUUGCGCUGUGCUGCAAACAAUGUCUCUGUUUGCAAGCCGCGCCGGAAGCUCCAGUAGAGCGAGCUCUGUACUGUACUUCGCCAGCGCGUCGCUACAAUGACCUGUCGAGCGCAUCGCAUCCCAGCGCCCCCAAGUCACUGAACAUCUCAUCUCCUGUCAGCACAUGAGCAAUUCAAUUGCUACGUGCGACCUCAACUGCAAUGACACGUGCUGACCUUGUAGGUGCGACUUUAAAGGCCACAAAAACGUUCGUCGCGACAGUACCUGUUGAGCGAACUACUGCAGCAGAGCGUUUCGAGAACCUCUAUCGGCGCGAAUCCCCAAGACACUCCCAUUGCUUCAGGAG